AAACAGGCGCAAGCGCAACUCGAUCGCGUUUGAUCAAUCACCGAAACAGUUAAAAAAAUUAUCAUCCGGACCAUGAGGAGUUCCAUCAGAGUAUGCGGAAACGUCCUCGAGAUUAGUUUUUGGGGCCCUCUUCGAAGGGUUCGCACGUGCACCAGGUCGGAAUGUUAUGGAGAUGGCUAGUGAUCGGACUAGUUGUUGUGUGGGGUAGUGGAGGGAGGGUGAAUUCUAAUGAGGAAGUGGACUUUUCUACGGUGGAUAUCAGAAAAUUGGCCACGAAGACCUACGGAACAGAACUCCUUUUACUGGAAAGCAACUACAGGGACCAAGGACCAUACAAAUUCGAAGACUUUUUCUGGACUGGAUCAGGAGAUGGACCUGACGACGAUCAGAACUGGGGCUCCGAAGAAAAUCCAUCGACUAUUUAUAAGACAAAAACUGUUGUUACUACUGUGUUCAUCGAAUCACCCCAUUCUGCAUACAAUGAGACUUCAAAACCAAAUGCCACAAAAUGUUCCAUAGACUGCGUAACAUCUCCGAACGUACCUGACGGUGACAUUAGACCUAGUCCAACGUAUUAUAAUGAUACUGAUCUAGAUGAUAGUGAAGAAGACUUUGAUGCUGACAGACAGUUCUGGCUGGUGACAGUUCUGAAAGGUGACGGCAAGGAUCCUAUGAUUGUCGAUCUCAAAAACAGUUUAGCCAAUUUGUACAAAACUGCUUUCCAAAGACAACAAGAAAAGCACUUAGGAAUAGAGAAUGCCAGAAGCAAACGUGAAAUAAAAGAAAAACCAGUUAAAGUGUAUAUACAUAGGAUAAACACAACGGUUUCAAAUGGACAUCCAAAAACGGAGGUCCUAUAUCAUGUAUCGCUAGAUGGUAAACCAGUGUCAGCUAUUGUAGCUGCCAAUGAUAUGAAUUUAGUGUCGGAUGAAGAGGUUAGAAAAGAGCUGGGGUAUCCAUUUUUGAUAAAAGCAGAGCCAUACCUGAAACCAAGCGAACCUCAAGGUCUCUCCGGCGCCAAAAACACUUGGUUGUUCAUCGGAGUGUCCAUUGUAGCCUUUUUGGUCUUCCUGCUCAUCCUAGCGUUCAUACUAGGUUGCGCAAAGAAAAGGAAGGUAGGUAGUCCUAUCAACGUAGGCAUAGAAAAUCGGCAGCAUAUUUUUGAAAGAGGAGUAGGACAAGAUAAUAAAGGGUUUACCAUAGAGAGCCAAAGAAGAGAUUCGCCCACUUACGUUAAAUAUAAUACUGAUAAUUCAACGUUGCUGAGGAACGUGAGUACUGUGGCGAGACCAGAGAGUUCAAUCAGUUCUGUAUCUACCAGUUCGGGCAGUUUGGACAUAUCACCCUUGAUGGCGGUUAAGAAGCACCGCAGAACUCCACCGAAGAAACCUCCAAGACCAAGAGCGGCCCUAAAUAGAACGGUUCCCAUCGAAGUUCGAAGAUUUCCGUCAGAAUUAUUCGAUUCUGAUAGUAGCAGGAAGGAAUCGCCUGAUACGAUAUAUGGAGGGAACAUGGAUCCAGGGGUAGUUAGCCCUAAGUCGUAUUUGUCGAUGCCGUCAGUAAAAUCGUUUCCAAGGGUCAGCAUUCCAGAACCACUCAAUAAAGUCCUGGAGCCGGUCAGUGUUCAUCAUUUAGACAUUCCAGACGAUGAGUUUAGGGAACAAGAUGAUAAUAUGGAAAUGUAUAAAAGAUUGGGCUUGGCCCGGCAUGCUAGUUUAGGAGCAGUAGAAGAUCCAGGCGUAAUAGGACCAAUUGUGUGGAAUAUGCACAAAGAAAGAAUCAGCCACGGUGUAAGCGUGGACGAAGGCAUAAAUGAUUUGAACGUUUCUACAAACCUUACCAAAAUGAGAAAAAGAUUUCACGAUCUUUUAGAUGACACUUUUAGUCUUUUUGGUAGCAGAAAAACCAGUCCAGUGGAAAAGAAAAGACAUGAUCCCCAUUCUAGAGUUGCCCCCAGCGAAAUUAAGAGUCAUUCUGCUGUUAACAGGUCGACAGAUGAUUUAAAAGCUCCCACACCAAAGCCUCGACCAAGGACAACAGAUCUUAGAAAAGUUGACCAACCUCCCAGUGGUGCUCCCAAAGGAGCGUGGUCAAGUACAGCACCGUCUCCAUUGGUAAGACCCUUAAGCGCAGGAAUAAUCAACCCUUACCCAAAAGUAAAUGUCGAUCAUAUUUUGGCAGAAGGAAGAUUUAUUAAUCCUAGCGAUCCUGCCGUUAAUCUAAUAGCGACUAUUAAGUCUGAAAUUGAAAGAAUUUCCCUUCCUGGUAGCACUACGGAUUUGAAUCAUUGAUAUUAAUAUUGUUAUAAAAUUUUAAUGUUAUAAUUCACAUUGUGUUAGAAGUGUUUCUAAAAAUAAGAUAUAUCGACACAUGUUGAAAUAGUGUUAUAACUUUUCUUAAAAUUUAUGUAUUUAUGUAUAAAAAUUGGCAUUGUGCUUUUGUAAAGAUAUGAGAAGGUGUUGUCGUUUUCAUUUAAAGUAGCCUCUCCAUACAUUCCAAUAAUCUGACUGUUGUGUCUUCUUUCCAUUCGGGCAUUUCCUGUACUGAAUAGUUCAUUAUUUUUCUUAAUUCCUUCUAAUACGUUCAGAUUAUAGUAAAAUUCUCCUUUAUUUCCUAUCACAGCAUCAUCGUUUGGGGGCCUAAACCACUAUGAUAACUACUAUAACGAUCUUAAAUAAAACAGAUCAGCAGAAUAUGGAAAUAAUAUUAUGAAACAAUGCUAUUCUCUGCGGAGUAAACACAUUGCGAUGAAGAAGUAAGAGUAAUAUUACAAGAUAACGACAAAGUAGAAA